UCUGCGGCGAAGUGCGCCUCUCCUCCGCCCACCUCCAGGGCUCUCUGGCUUCAUACUGAAUCUCACAUCACCUCUCUUCGCACAACAUGAUGGCACUGUCUGGCUUGGGUUCAACUUGGCAGAUCGUUUGACAUAUUUACUUUUGUUUUGUUUUUUAAGGUUAUAUUUUAUUUUACAGCUACUGAAGCUGAUUUUUCAACAGAUCUAGGAAACAACUGCUUGGUCUCUUCGCCUCCAUCCAUAGCGCACACUCCAGGGAACACUUGAAGAAGUUUGAGCACCGGAUCGGUGGCUUAAACACAUCCCCGAAGGGUGCAAGACAGAAGUCAAACAGGUUUCAUUCCUCUAGGAGGAGACAGAAGCAGUUAUGCUGGGCAGUGAGGGGGAAAGCAGCGCGUACUCAUCCUCCAAAGACGCAGCGGAUGAGAAGCGCGCCUCUCCAGCUGUGGAUGGAGACGAACCGGCGGGCAGCAGGUAUCCGGAGCACGGCGCAUCCUCCGAUCGCUUCUAUAUCCCAUCUACGAUUUCCAAGCAGAGCCCAGAAGCGGCGAACCCUUGCUCGUUUCUCCCAUACACCCCCAGCGGGGCCGUGUACCCCCCGUCUGGCGCUGCCAGGUAUCCCUCAUCGCUCCACCUGGGCUCCGUGUUGCCUCCCGCCGGGUAUUCCCCCUCAGCCGCCGGGCGAAACCACUUCAGCACCUCCUACCAACACGGUCAGAACCUGGGCUGCCUUUAUAAUCCUUACACCGCCUCCGGUUCUGCUCUGAGUAACGUGGCCCUGCCGGGGCCCGCGAGGGCCCAGGUUUACCUGUGCAACCGGCCGCUCUGGCUCAAGUUCCACCGUCACCAGACCGAGAUGAUCAUCACCAAGCAGGGCAGGCGGAUGUUCCCCUUUCUCAGUUUUAACAUCGCCGGGCUGAACGUGUCAGCGCAUUAUAACGUGUUUGUGGAGGUGGUGCUCGCAGACCCAAACCACUGGAGGUUCCAGGGAGGCAAAUGGGUCACCUGUGGAAAGGCGGACAACAACAACCAAGGAAACAAAGUCUACAUCCACCCUGAGUCACCUAACACCGGGGCCCACUGGAUGAGGCAAGAGAUCUCCUUCAGUAAACUCAAACUCACCAACAACAAGGGGACCAGCCACAACACAUCACAGAUGGUGGUCCUGCAAUCGCUUCAUAAGUACCAGCCCAGGCUGCAUAUUGUGGAAGUGGCAGAGGAUGGAGUGGAGGACAUCAGCAGUGAUGUUAAGACGCAGUGUUUCACUUUUCCGGAGACUCAGUUCAUAGCAGUCACUGCCUACCAGAACACCGAUAUCACACAGUUAAAAAUUGAUCACAACCCUUUUGCCAAAGGUUUCAGAGAUAACUAUGAUUCAAUGUACACAGCCACCGAGAACGACCGUCUCACCCCAUCUCCAACCGACUCACCCCAUGCCCACCAGAUUGUGCCUGGCACUCGUUACACCAUGCAGCCCCUCUUCCAGGACCAGUUUGUCAACAACCUCCCCCAGAACCGCUUCUACAACUGUGAGAGAGCCGUACCGCAAACUAGCAGUCUCCUUUCACCUCAGACAGAAGACGCAGCAUCACAGAGGUGGUUUGUCACCUCUAUGCAGCAGGGGGGGAACAACAGCACCACCGGCAGCAAACUUGACUUGACACCCUAUGAGGGGGAGUACUCAAGCUCUCUCCUUCCUUAUGGCAUCAAAUCCCUGUCCAUGCAGACAACCCAUGCUCUCAGCUACUACCCAGACUCUCCUUUCACCACAAUGACAGCAGGGUGGGGGUCCAGAGCAGCUUACCAAAGAAAAGUCCCUCCUAGUCUGCCAUGGUCACCCCGACCCAGCCCCACAGCUGGUUUCCCUGAAGAGUCUGUGAAGAUUAAACCGCAGAUACAAGACGAGGUGAGUAGUGAAGCUCUGAUCAGCUCCUGGACAGAGACUCAUAUGUCAACCCUCUCCCCAAACAAGGCUGACUCAUUUUCCAUCGCCUGCAAGCGAAGGCGUUUGUCUCUUAACGGUCCAAGCACACAAGACUCACCUGCAAACAGCAAGUGUGAAGAGCUGGCCGCUGCCACUAUCAGUGGCCCCUAUAGUAAAGAGCCCCCACCUACAAAAAGCAUGGCUUACUAUCCUUUUUACACAAACCCCUGAUUUCUGAUUUAAGUUUUUGUCAAACUUUAAAAAGAACAUCCUCACUUUGUUAGGGAUCAUCCACCGCGGGGAUUAACAAAUCACUUUCUGCCUUUUU